AUAGCAUCAUUUGUUCUGUCAUCUAGUGCAGAAUAUGUUGACAUGUCAAAAUGUCUUAGUAAGAAUAAACACAUCUUGUUAUCUGCAGUUACAGAAGAAGAAUUUGUUCAACUUUUUGAACAUACACUAAAUGGUGUAAUAAAAAAAACCUUUGUUGCCGAAAAUGACUAUUCACAUUGUUUCCAAGCCAAAUGGAAGAGAUAGUAAACCACAGACUAUUCCAAUUAGUGCUUCAAAAGUUUGUGAUGAUACAGGAUUUUGUAUAGUUGUUUACGGAUGCCAUAAAAAGCCAAUUUUUGAAAAAGUGAAUAUAUCAGAAUGCCCUAAAAAUUUAACUUUACUUAGAAAUAAAUGUUCUUGCUGCAGUGAUUGCUCAGAAAAGAGGAAUUUAGAGGUCUGCAGUUUAAUAGAAAAUGGCUUCAAAAGUAAAGAUGUUUCAUCUUUAAAUGGUUCAUUUAAGUCCAAGAAACAAAAACCUCUUGAUUCUGAAAAGAAGUACACUCAUGUUACAGAAAAUGAAUACACAGAACAGACAGAGGCUUUAAAAACAAAGCCUAAGCUUAUCCUUAAUGAGGCUAGGUUACCGAAUUUACCAUCAAACAUGAAGAAGAGGUUAAAAAUAGCUGAAGAUGAGUCAAUAUUUCAAUGUACAGAUGAAGAAAAGAUUAAAAAUUUGACAGAAAAUUUAUCUAAAGAAGAUGUAGCAGCAAUUUUAAAGGAACUUCACUCACGACUUCUGCAAAAUCAAAGGCAUCUUCCUGGUGUAAGAAAAUGGAUAAAAUAUAUAUUAGCUGCACAUUUAUUACAUUUAAAUACUAACAAAGAUCUUGCAGAUAUUUUACAUUCUAUUGAACAGUUAACUGAUGCAAGGAGAACAAGUGAAACUCUUUCAAAAAUGUCUACUUUAAAAGGUCUCCUAAGGAUAUAUCAAACAAAGGCCAUUUCACAAGAAUUAAAUUUUCCCAGUGAUGUCGAAGAUAUGGAAACCUGAAAGUGAUAUAAUUAUACAAUUUGUAUAUUAAAUUAUAAAUAAAUUAUUUUUAAAGGAAA